AUGAAGAUGUUGACAAGACUCCAAGUUCUUACCUUAGCUUUGUUUUCAAAGGGAUUUUUACUCUCUUUAGGGGACCAUAACUUUAUGAGGAGGGAGAUUAAAAUAGAAGGUGACCUUGUUUUAGGGGGCCUAUUUCCUAUUAAUGAAAAAGGCACUGGAACUGAAGAAUGUGGGCGAAUCAAUGAAAACCGAGGGAUCCAACGCCUGGAAGCCAUGUUGUUUGCUAUUGAUGAAAUCAACAAAGACAACCACUUGCUACCAGGAGUGAAAUUGGGCGUUCACAUUUUGGAUACAUGUUCAAGGGAUACCUAUGCAUUAGAGCAAUCACUGGAGUUUGUCAGAGCAUCUUUGACUAAAGUGGAUGAAGCUGAGUACAUGUGUCCUGAUGGAUCCUAUGCCAUUCAAGAAAACAUCCCUCUGCUCAUUGCAGGGGUCAUUGGCGGCUCCUACAGCAGUGUUUCUAUACAGGUUGCAAACCUGCUAAGGCUCUUCCAGAUCCCUCAGAUCAGCUACGCGUCCACCAGCGCCAAGCUCAGCGACAAGUCGCGCUACGACUACUUCGCCAGGACCGUGCCCCCCGACUUCUACCAGGCCAAAGCCAUGGCCGAGAUCUUGCGCUUCUUUAACUGGACCUACGUGUCCACUGUGGCCUCCGAGGGCGACUACGGGGAGACAGGGAUCGAGGCGUUCGAGCAGGAAGCGCGCCUGCGCAACAUCUGCAUCGCCACCGCGGAGAAGGUGGGGCGCUCCAACAUCCGCAAGUCCUACGACAGCGUCAUCCGCGAGCUGCUGCACAAGCCCAACGCGCGCGUCGUGGUGCUCUUCAUGCGCAGCGACGACUCGCGCGAACUGAUCGCCGCCGCCAGCCGCGCCAACGCCUCCUUCACCUGGGUGGCCAGCGACGGCUGGGGCGCGCAGGAGAGCAUCGUCAGGGGCAGCGAGCACGUGGCCGACGGCGCCAUCACCCUGGAGCUGGCCUCGCAGCCCGUGCGCCAGUUCGACCGCUACUUCCAAAGCCUCAACCCCUACAACAACCACCGCAACCCCUGGUUCCGGGACUUCUGGGAGCAGAAGUUCCAGUGCAGCCUCCAGAACAAGCAGAACCACAGGCACCCUUGCGACAAGCACCUGGCCAUUGACAGCAGCAAUUAUGAGCAAGAAUCCAAAAUCAUGUUCGUGGUGAACGCUGUGUAUGCCAUGGCCCACGCCCUGCACAAAAUGCAGCGCACCCUCUGUCCCAACACUACCAAGCUUUGUGAUGCUAUGAAAAUCCUGGAUGGGAAGAAGUUGUACAAGGAUUACUUGCUGAAAAUCAACUUCACAGCUCCAUUCAACCCAAAUAAAGAUGCAGAUAGCAUUGUCAAGUUUGACACUUUUGGAGAUGGAAUGGGGCGAUACAACGUGUUCAAUUUCCAGUACGUGGGUGGAAAGUAUUCCUACUUGAAGGUUGGUCACUGGUCUGAAGCCUUAUCACUAGAUGUCGACUCUAUCCACUGGUCCCGGAACUCAAUCCCUACUUCCCAGUGCAGUGACCCCUGUGCCCCCAAUGAAAUGAAGAACAUGCAGCCAGGGGAUGUCUGCUGCUGGAUCUGCAUUCCCUGUGAGCCCUAUGAAUACCUGGCUGAUGAAUUUACCUGUAUGGAUUGUGGACCUGGGCAGUGGCCCACUACAGACCUAUCUGGAUGCUUUGACCUUCCUGAGGACUACAUCAAGUGGGAAGAUGCCUGGGCCAUUGGCCCAGUCACUAUUGCCUGCCUGGGUUUUAUGUGUACAUGUACUGUUGUAACUGUUUUUAUCAAGCACAACAACACACCCUUGGUCAAAGCAUCAGGCCGGGAACUCUGCUACAUCUUGCUGUUUGGGGUUGGCCUGUCAUACUGCAUGACAUUCUUCUUCAUUGCCAGGCCAUCACCAGUCAUCUGUGCAUUGCGCCGACUUGGACUGGGGACCUCCUUCGCUGUCUGUUACUCAGCCCUGCUGACCAAGACAAAUUGCAUUGCCCGCAUCUUUGAUGGGGUCAAGAAUGGCGCUCAGAGGCCAAAAUUCAUCAGCCCCAGUUCUCAGGUUUUCAUCUGCCUGGGUCUGAUACUGGUGCAAAUUGUGGUGGUGUCUGUGUGGCUCAUCCUGGAGGCUCCAGGUACCAGGAGGUACACCCUUCCAGAGAAGCGGGAAACAGUCAUUUUAAAAUGCAAUGUCAAAGAUUCCAGCAUGUUGAUCUCUCUCACCUAUGAUGUGAUCCUGGUGAUCUUAUGCACUGUGUACGCCUUCAAAACGCGAAAGUGCCCAGAAAACUUCAACGAAGCCAAGUUCAUAGGUUUUACCAUGUAUACCACGUGCAUCAUCUGGUUGGCCUUCCUCCCUAUAUUUUAUGUGACGUCGAGUGAUUACAGAGUGCAGACCACAACCAUGUGCAUCUCCGUCAGCCUGAGCGGCUUUGUGGUGUUGGGCUGUUUGUUUGCACCCAAAGUGCAUAUCAUCCUGUUCCAACCCCAGAAGAAUGUGGUCACACACAGACUGCACCUCAACAGGUUCAGUGUCAGCGGAACUGGGACCACAUAUUCUCAGUCCUCUGCAAGCAUGUAUGUCCCCACAGUGUGCAAUGGGCGGGAAGUCCUCGACUCCACCACCUCAUCUCUGUGA